AUGGCUACUCCCACUCACCUCGCUGUGACGACAAAGAGGUUGUGCACCACGCACGACUACGAGCUGGCGCUCUGGAUAGCCAAGGCCAAGUACGAUCUCACGCCAUUCGUGGAGGAUGGCGAUUUCAAUGAUCGGGAGAACCAGGAGUUGCAGGCCAGGGAGAAAGAGCUGGAAGAUUGGGCAGAUAUCAUCCGCUGCAGGUGCGGCGAGCCCGGAUGA